UCCAGUAAUUAUGCAAAUUAGGGCAAUAUCACAAAAACUGCGGGCUUACGUCAGCGCAGCGCUGAAAACUGCGUUGCUCUACGUCAUCAAAAAGCGUCGUGGCGGCGUGAGAGGGAAAACAAAUGUCAGUGCAAAUUGCUGUGAGGUUACUGCUCCUGCACCAUAACGCUCUCUCGUGAUUUGCUUCAAAACCGCGUCUCGGUUCAGUUCUAAUGAAUCCAGUAAUUAGACGGGGACUGCCUCCGUCCGUGAGGAGUCUUCUCACAGACAUCGGUCCAAAGGAGGAGUGGACGGAUGAGGAGCCCGAAACAGUGACCAGAGAUGGCAUUCUGCUUCCGCACAGAGGAGCUACGUCUGGAAAUGAAGAGCUCCUCACACCUGCCAGGAGCCAUGAUGAUGCUCCAGAUGAUGAUGGUGGUGUGUCUGGAAGGAGUGGACUUUGCAUGUUGUGUAAAAGUAAACCUCCUUGCUACACCUGUCCCAGGUGUAACCUGCAGUACUGUGGCUUGGAGUGCUACAAGAGCCCUGAUCACUCUGCAUGCUCUGAAGAGUUUUACAAGGAGUCUGUUCUACAGGAGCUGAAGGAAAUGGGGACAACUGAGACUGAAGGGAGAAAGAAAAUGCAGGAGAUUCUUGUGGGACUCAAACAAAAGGCGGAAAUGACACAAGGGGGGAUGGAGAGUUUGUUAAAAGAGGUGGGUGUUGUGUCACAUGACACAGAUGAUAGGGAAGGAGAGGCAGCUGAGAAAGUCCAGGCUGUGGAGCUCCUGGCCAGGUUAGCAGAGCUUCAGCAGUCUGGAGAAGGGAGUGCAACAGAGAUUGAGGAUAUUUUGGGAAAACUUGAAGAGAUUGGAGGAGGUGCGCUGAUUCCUGGAGACACUGAUGAGGAUGCUGAAAGUGCACAAGGAGAGCUGGACUUAGCUGAUCGGCUCUCAGGGCUCGAGAUUGACAAACUUUCAGAAGAGGAGCUGUGGGAACUUCUCAACAACAAAGAGAAAGAGAGUUUUGUGAGUCUCAUGAAGGAUGGAGCUCUUGGUGGCCUGGUUCCCCUUUGGAAGCCAUGGUGGGAGGAACAUGAGGAGGGAGGCAGAGCACUGGUGGAAGUGCUUGAGGAAGAAGUGAGCAGACAGGAGAGAGAAACUGUGACAACUAUGGAAAGGCAGGACAUUGAUAAUGGAGUGAAAACCUCACAAGGUGUUCAGAAACGAAGCAAAUCAAAGCCGAAAAGCUUGAAAGGAGGAACUGGGAAGGAAAUGAGCGAGGGCAAAGGAAGUUCAGCAGUACCCCCAGUUUCUUCAAAAAUUCCAAAGCUGAGUUCCUUAUGUCCAAAUCCAUCUCCUCUGGUUUGCUAUGGUUUAGUGAAUGCACUUUUUGGCUAUGCUUUUACCCUGUGCCUGUUUAACGGUGACACCGAUUCACUGAUGUUUGAGUUCUGUGACAUGAUUCUUGCUCUGUCUGAGGCACUGAACUCAAGCAAGGUGUUCACCUCUCUCCAAGAGGCCUUAGGCUGUGGAGAAGCUCUCAUUUUAGAUGGAGGUUACCUUGACAAGGAGGACCUUCUUGCCCCAGCCAGGGCUGUGGAGGCCGUAGCUCACAUCAUGACUGGCAGAGACAGAAAGGAUGCUGCUGGAUACUGCCUGGCAGCCUUGAGUCAACUACGUUCUGUGCUCUCCCGGGCCAAAAUGGCCCUGUCUAAAGAUGGAGAGGAAGCGGAAAAGAGACGGAAGUACUUCCUGGCAAGCAAGAAGUGUGAAUUCUUUCAAGCCUGGGUGCUGGACAAUGUACAUCAGAUUCAUAGACUGGCAGUUGAGCUGUGGCGCGAACACAGUAAAAGAGAGAGUGCAAGGAACAGCAUGCAGAAAGCAAAGACUGUAGUUGAGAAUUUACAGAAAGGGAAGAGGAAAGAUAGUGGUAAGCUGAUUGAAGAACUAAGUUAAAGAAGACUUGGUUUAACAAGUUAAUGUAAAAGUUCAUGAUGUAAUAAAAUGCAUCAUAUUCUCUCAUAUUGUCAAAUUCCUCCUGCCAAUAAAAGCUGAUAUUUUCCACUAA